AUGUCUAAUCGGAUUCUAUCCAGCACGCAGCAGGCGCGUCUUGCCCUCCUCAAGAAGAUUUACAAACCAGACGCCCACUUGCAGAAAGGAUCUAUCGAGUACGAAAGGCUGGCGCGCUCCGGACGGGUAUGGGAAGAUUACUUUAUGCCCGGCAACAGCCUCAAGAUGGGGCACGUCGAUGUGCAGCGGAAAAUGACGGGCCUGUUAAAUGAAAUCGAUCACCUCAGAGGGAGGCUGCCAGUAAAGGACCUGGGGAAAACCCUGAUUGCCGAGUACGCCCAGCAGUCCGUAAUGAUUGAAAACAACCCUCUUUCAAUGACAGACGCGAUCCGCAUUUUAGACCGCCUGCGAGGUGAUCUUGAACAAGCUGACCUUGCCUCCACGCCCAGCAGCGAGCUUGCCAGGCUUGUGACGACAUGGACUGCUCCAAGAGGCGCAGGCGUCACCGAGUCGGCCACAAAUGAGCUGCAGAACCACAUCAUCGCAUCGCAAUGGAUCGCAGAGAACGCGGCGGCCAAGGCUGAUACCGCGGGACUAUGCGAAGCCGAAGUACGAGACCUUGCUGUGGUGUCCGUCGUUAACACGGACUCCGAGUCAGCCUAUGACACCUGGAGAACAGUCUCAAAAAAGGCUGGCGGCGACUUGAUAUGGGGAUCGAGAGUCCCGCUGGGAGAGUACCGUAAUCUGCCCAUCAGCGUUCGCAGUAAUCGUCUUCGGAUCUUUCCGUACCCGCGAGAGGUCCCGGCCUGCAUGGAGAGGUUCUUCCAAUGGCGAGACCUGCAGCAUCGAGAGAAGGCGCUGCACCCGCUGUUUCUGGCUUGUCAGAUGACGGCUUACUUUGUUCUCGUUCAUCCGUUUCCCGAUGGCAAUUGGCGUACCAGUCGCAUGGUCAAGCAGGAUUACCUGGCGCGUCAGGGCUACGUUCCCUUCGUCAUCCGGGACUUGAAGCGGGAAGACUACCUGCGGAUGAUCGACGGCGCCGGCGAAGGCAAACCGGAAGAAUUCGUAACAGCGGUGCUUGAGGCUCAACUGGCCGUGCUGCACCAGGCUUCCACACGCCUCAAGAUGUAG